GAAGAUUUGGGAGAAUCGAAAGCCCACGGGAGAGUCAUGUUGGGCUGUGCACGUGUUGUUGGGUAGCACAGGCCGGUCAAGUUUCGAGAUAUCAAACCGGCGAACCAGCAAGGAUGAGCUCCAUACAAAGUUUAUUAUUCACUUCAUUGCCAAGAAAAGCGCGUGCUCGCGUGGUUUCUGUCUCGCCGCUGUCUUCUCUCCACCCCUGCAGCUUCACCAUUGCAUUGUCCCAUUGCUAAUCACUGCCACAGCCUACACAUCAUGGACUCGGUUGUGGGCUUGACAGUCUGCCUUCAGCUGAAACAGCCUCACGACAACAUUUUGUAUGGGCUUGUGAAGGACCUCGUCCCAAAUUCCCACCUUACUUUGACGAAUGUUCUCUUUGCUGCAUCAAAUACUCGACUGGAGCACUUCACGGUGCAACCUGAUAUCAUCGCGGACCUCCAGGUCGUCGACCCUUCCACCAUACAACCACAGCACGCUCACGCUCACGCACACCACCCGCCUCCACCCUUCGCAUAUCCGCAGCCGCAGCCAAACGGCCAUGCCGCCGCUCCCUCGAUGCACCAGCAGCCUCCUGCACCCUCCCCUCACGUUAACCGAAUCGCCGAACUGCCCGCUCGCCAUGUCUCCUCGCCUGCCCAGCAGAUACCGCCAACCGCCUCACCUCUACGGCAAGCACCUGCUUUUGUGGAUCCGGCAAUCCUCAGCUACGACACCUCAUCACCAGUGCAAAAGAGGAGGACGUCUCGGCCAGCAGAAAUGGACACGCCGAUCAAAGCAAUGCUCUCCAAAGCUGCUGCCAAUCUACCCAGCCCCAGCUCGCCAUUUAUCGGAGAUGUUGGGAAAGCGAAUGUUGUGCAAAAGCUAGCUGCGGCCAAACAACCUGCUUCCAUACAAUCACGACCUCCUGUACCGGUCGCUACGAAGCCGACCAUGGAGACGACAUUUGGGCAGAGCGCGCAGGACCAGGCACAAGACAACAGCGCUAAGAGAAAAUUGAAGAAAGGGCAGAAGCCGAAGAAGCAAGUACCAGAAGCGCCGCAAUUUGUGGAUCACCCGCCAGUGAUGAAUGCCGAAGUCUCUAGGAAUGGCAACGACAUGGACGGGCAGGUGAAGAGAGGCAAAGGCUGGCGCAACACACCUCUUCUGAGGCCAUCCUCGUCGUCUGUGCUACCAUCGGAUCAAGCGAACACCAAGAAGAGUCGACGCAGACAAAAGAUGGAUCAGCAAGAAGAGUUUGCACAAGGAGACACCACAGAUAUUCAGGAAAUGGGCGACUUCGAUUUCGAAACAGAGCUAAAGAAAUUCGACAAGAAGCACGUUUUCGAGCAGAUCCGAGACGUCGAUACUACUCGCGAGGGAGAUCGAUUGGUCAGCCAUAACAAGGCGCGACCAGGCACACAUGGAGGCAAGAACUUGCAUCCAACUGAAAACGUUCUGCCCACGAAGCCAGAAACUAAAUACAACAGCGCCGAGCUCGAUAGCUCCAGUGAUGCUGAUACGGAGCUUGGGUCUGGCCUAGCCAACGGCAGAUCAUCGUCCAAACAUUCGGUAUCACGGACAGUCCUCCCGAAAGGCAAGCCCAGCAGGCAGAACAGCUCACAGAUUGACACUCAAGCACGGCCUCAUCCACUUGCGGCGUCAGUCAGCUCAGACCGCAUCCGCGAUAGGUCUGCAGCCUCGCUCGUGCACAAAAGUAAACAGGCCGCUUCACUGGCAACCUCUUCGCCACGACCAGAUCGAGCAAACUCGCCGCUCUCAUCCAUCUCCAUGACAAAGCUUUCUUUGCAGGAACCUCCCAGAUCCAUUGAGCCUCAUUUCGCCACACCAUCACACUCGAUGUGCCCGACACUUCUUCCAGUGGCAUUGGACAACUUGGAACUUGCUACCGUCUCGACAUAUCGUCUAAGCCACGAAGUCAUAUCAGAGAACGCCGCCAGGAGCAUCGCUGAAGCAGCGUUGUCUCUCUCAGACCUUCACAGCGGCCCGCGACGGCCGUCCAGGACGAACACCGUGCGCGGUAGCAUGACAGCCAGCAUAUCAUCGUUCAGCCCAACAGACUCAACAGUAGUAAUCUUGGCUGGUAACCACGACAUUGGGGCGAAGGCGCUGGCAGCGGCACGUCACCUCCUCGGACGCAAUCUAAAGGUUAUUGCCGUUGAGGCAGCGUUUGAGUCUGCGGCAACAGAACAUCCACCAGUACGCGCGCAACGAGACGUCCUUCGUAAACUGGCCUUGGCCGGCGCCAAAGUGAAGCGCGGAGCAUGGCACAAGUGUCAACGUGCCAUUAAGAAUCUGACUGGCCCGCCUGUGGUCAUCAUCGAUGCUCUUCUCGCCGGUGCAACGUAUGAGAGUUUGGAAGACCCAAAUGCUGAGUUUAGUGCCCGCAUACAGCAAGAGACAAGGGAGAUGGUGGAAUGGGCGAAUCGCAGCAGAGCGCCUGUCUUGAGCGUGGGUUGUCCGAGCGGGACAUCUGGUGUCGAUGGCGUGUCCACAAUUGUGGAAGGAGAGCCGCUAGCUGUGCGUCCCGAUCGCGUUCUUGCGCUAGGUCUGCCCAUGUCUGGAUUGCUCAAGGCGAUGGAGAAUGGAGAACAAUGGAAUGUUCACUUGGCGGACAUCGGCAUAAACAUAGGAUUGAAGCGUGAUGAUCAAGUCGUCUUCGGGGAGGCCUGGACCGUUGACCUCAAGUACGUGGACGGCGAGGCACUCACGUUGUAAGAUUUGGAUCCAUAUUAGCGAUCGUUUCAGUAGCAUAGCGUGUGGGUGGGCAUUUUGGAGAUACCCGGAAAGCAAUUGCUGUUAUGUGCUCAGGAGUUUUCUGAUACUCUCACUACACAGCCCACAGAAGCGCGUGAUGUUGGUCCGUCCUCUAUGCUGCGUAGAGAAGCAUGUGACGUGCCCCUGUGCGCAUUGUAAAGCUAGUCGUGACAGCGGCACAUUCACUGCAGUGCACUGGUAGGCACCGACGGAUGCCUGAACGUUCGCAGCGCUCCUUCACUUUGACAUUGGCACCUACCUGCUGCUCGACGUAAUUCUCUCGCGUCCCCCAACAACCACGUCCAUUACACCGCACUUGUCAUAGGCGACCACGACGCCUCUUGUUCGGGAAUCGAUCUUGUUCGCAACACGCAG